UUUAUAACAUAAAAUUGUUCAACACUUUUUUCCAGAAUCCGUUCUAUUCUGUUUAUAACUUAAAAGUGUUCAAAAUUCAGUUUUUUCGGUGGCAAUAUUAUUAGCACUCAGUAUAUCAGCAGCAGUUCAUCCACCUGAAGCUGGUGCGUCAUCUCGAGCCCCCAACUAUGAAGGGAAUGAGUAGCUGCUGCAGACUGCUGCUGCUCCUGGUAGCCGCGACAACCACAGCUGCAGGUGAACAAACUUCCACAGGCACAGGCGUGUGCCGCGCUGGUCAGUUCAAGUGCGCCAACGGCCGCUGCAUACGCGAGACGCGGCGGUGCGACGGACGCAACGACUCAUCCUUUGACUGUGGCGACGGCAGCGACGAGCGCGACUGCUGCACCGGCGACCCUUUCGUGUGUGGCGACGGCAGAUGCAUCCACAAGCGUUGGGAAUGCGACGGCGAGAACAAGUGCGGGGACUGGAGUGAUGAGAAGCAUUGCGUGUGCCGCCCUGGUCAGUUCAAGUGCUCCAACACCGGCCGCUGCAUACCCGAGACGUGGCGGUGCAACGGAGGCGACGACUGUUGGGACGGCGACGACAGCGACGAGCUCGACUGCUGCACCGGCGACCACUUCGUAUGCGGCGACGGCAGAUGCAUCCACAAGCGUUGGGAAUGCAGCGGCUGGGACAACUGCGGGGACUGGAGUGAUGAGAAGCAUUGCUGCACCGGCGAACACUUCACGUGCGGCGACGGCAGAUGCAUCCACAAGCGUAAUGAAUGCGACGGCAGGAACAACUGCGGGGACUGGAGUGAUGAGAAGCAUUGCACGUGCCGUCGCUCUGGUCAGUUCAAGUGCGCCAACACCGGCCGCUGCAUAAACGAGACGCUGCGGUGCGAUGGACGCGACGACUGUUGGGACGGCGACGACAGCGACGAGCGCGACUGCUGCACAGGUGACCACUUCGAAUGCGGCAACGGCAGAUGCAUCCACAAGCGUUGGGAAUGCGACGGCACGAACAACUGCGGGGACUGGAGUGAUGAGAAGCAUUCCGACGUCCCCCGCUUGACUGUCACGCCGGCCGUGACCUCCGCCAGCGUUUCUUGGACGUGGCGUACGCAGCAAUUUUUCAACGUAACUCUGGCGAUGAAAUCAAGAGAAGAUUGCACCCCAAAGAAACCCGACGCUGUUCAAUAUUUCCACAAUCUGAGCACGGCUAAGCUGGAGCUGACGCAGCUGAAGGCGUACACUGAGUACGAGGUGUGCGUGUACGCAUACAACGACGGAGGACAAAGUGAGAAGUGCGAAGUGUUCGAGACCCGGCCGGGUGAAGCUCCUGAGCCUGUGGAGGAGUUGACCUCUUCCACGACGUCCACUUCCAUCAGCCUGCGGUGGAGGAAAUCUUGUCCUCCCAUGGCCGCCAUCAGAGGCUACCGCGUCACGGUCACUCACUACGUCGAAGCGUCGGAGUGCAGCGACAGCGCAGCCCACUUCUGCCACACCAUCAAGGAACUACAACCUGAACGCACGUACAACAUUGAGGUACAAAGCUGCACCGCUGACGCUAACCACGCAUGUUCUGCUGCUAAGGCGACAUCCGUCACGACAGAACCAGCAGUAUCCUGCACCGCAGAGGAGCUGCAGUGCGGCGCCCUGUGCCUCCCACUCUCUGCGCGGUGCAAUGGCGCGUCAGAACGCGACGAUGGAGAGGACGAACCGCCGUCGCAGACCGCGGUCAUACCAACUGAUGUGGUGCCAGGUGCACCGGUUCCAGGUGUAGCGGUGCCGGGUGCAGCGGUGCCGGGUGUAGCGGUGCCAGCUGUAGUGGUGCCAGGUGCAGCGGUGCCGGGUACAGCUGUAUCAGAUGCAGCGAUGCCAGGUGCAGCGGUGCCAGGUGCAGCGGUGCCAGGUGCAGCGGUGCCAGGUGCAGCGGUGCCAGGUGCAGCGUUGCCAGGUGCAGCUGUGCCGGGUGUAGCGGUGCCAGCUGCAGCGGUGCCAGGUGCAGCGGUGCCAGGUGCUGCGGUGCCAGGUGCAGCGGUGCCAGGUGCAGCGGUGCCAGGUGCAGCGGUGCCGGGUGUAGCGGUGCCUGGUGCAGCGGUGCCAGACAGAGACUCUGCAAAAAUCUUCAAUUUCUUCUACAACACACCAGAGACCAAGACCUCCGACACUGACUUCAUCACCGAGACCGAAUUCAUUGACGAUGACGACCUGAGGCGCUCAACACUCAACCUUUCCCAACAGCCAAAAGACGACGAUGGACAAAAAAAUGACCCUCCGCCCCCGAAACCCGUAGCCCAUAACGUGGACCAUGACCCCAGAAAGAGAAAAAGCAUUGACGAUCAGUACAAAGACUCAUUCAUCACAGGACCAGGACUCGACGAUCCGAUCCCCAUCAAACUAUUUAGGAGCUCCAGAGAUAAAGUAGAAAUCCCCCCUGACCCAUCUAACCUUUGGUACGCCGAAGAAUUUAGGAAGAAAGACUACGGACUGAAGCUCUCGGUGAAAGACGCAGACUCUUCAAAAGUAAUCGGCUACCUGAAACGUGACAAACUAAGGAUACAAACACCUCUAACAAAUAUCAUUCCCCACGACAUCUUCACCAACAUGGACAAACAUUCGAUAACAACCACCAAAAAGACAAAGCACUCCACAUUCAAGCACCCAUCACAAUGA